AUGGAGGCUUUUCAGGGGAUUAUUAAAUUCUUUGUUAACCAGAAAACUGUUAUUGGCUACAGUUUCAUGGCUCUGCUGACUGUGGGAAGCGAGCGACUCUUUUCUCUUGUGGCUUUUAAGUGUCCCUGCAGCACGGAGAAUGUCACAUAUGGAUUGGUUUUUCUUUUUGCUCCUGCCUGGGUGUUACUGAUCUUGGGAUUUUUUGUGAACAACAGGUCAUGGAAACUCUUUACAGGCUGCUGUGUGAAUCCCAGGAAACUCUUCCCUCGAGGUCACAACUGCCGUUUCUUCUAUGUCCUUGGCCAGAUCAUUCUGAGUUCAUUGGUGGCUCCAAUGAUGUGGCUUUCCGUGGCUUUGCUCAACGGGACGUUUUAUGAAUGUGCCAUGAGUGGGACAACAAGUGCUAGCCUCCUCGAAAUGAUUUGCAAGAACAAGCCCAAAGAGUGCCGGGAAGAACUUUACAAAGUAAGUUGUGGCAAAACUAGCAUGACAAGCUUGGAUGAUGAAGAACUGAAACGGUCCUUGCAAGCCCAAUCUCAGAUCCUAGGUUGGUUCCUGAUUUGUACAGCGUCAUUCUUCUCUCUGCUCACCACUUGCUAUGCUCGCUGUCGAUCUAAAGUGAGCUACCUUCAGAUGAACUUUUGGAAGACGUAUGCGCAAAAGGAGAAGGAGCAGUUGGAAAAUAAGUUCUUGGACUAUGCCAACAAACUGAGUGAGAGAAACCUGAAAAGCUUUUUCGAAAACAAGAGACCGGAUGUCUUCCCCCUCCCUACUUUUGCGGCCUGGGAGGCUGCAUCACAGCUUCAUUCCUUCCAAGAAAACCGGCCAUUCUACAGCACGCUUCAUAAAGUGGUGGAGGAAGGGCUGGAACUUAAUCCUGAGGAUGAGGAGACCACAUUGGUCCUUGUGGGUAGUGCCCACAGCGUGUGACAUGUCCACCAUCACUGACUCACUGUUCUAGGGACUCUCAUUUUUAGCAGCUUCUCCUGGGUCAACAGCAACUUGUGUGACUCUGGGUUUUCUCAUGUUUAAUGUUCUGUUAGAAGACAUUAGCCAAUGGGAAGCUGCUUUGCUCCCCAUUGCAGACAGUGUCAGGGUGUGCUCGAACUGAUGCGAAAUGAUUGGUGGAAGGUGGUGACAAAGGUGCUUUUCCAUUGGUUGAAAGUUGGAUUCAACUGCUUCAAGUUGUAAGAUUUUUAAAAGUCCACACUAAGGCUCAUGCAACUCUCUAUAAACAAUGACUGUGACAUCUGGAGUAGAAGUGGUGACUUGUGAGUGAGCAAUACAGACUGCCAGACCCAGUGGGUUUGUGGUAUAGUCAGCCUGAGUCUUGUCCUGUAUAUCUAUAGUAUUGCUUUUCAAGUACAUAUGCAAUUAUAUCAUUUAAAAUUAAUUCCCUUGGAAUCUGAAGGCUUUUGAAGAGUCCUCAGAAAUUGGAAGGAUACGAUGUGUACAGCUCCAUUUUCAUGUCUCCACUGUGCACUGAAAGUGCAUUACCAUAGGCAGCGCUGUAGUAUAAGCUUUUUAUGUUAUAGGUUCUUUUAUCUUUGUGGACGCUUUUCUACAUUAAAACACAGGCAUGCAUAUAAAUAUUUAUAACUGUGUACAUAUAUACAUAUUAAUAUGUAUUACUUCCGUCUGAUUUCAAAAUAAAUUAAAAUCAUGUUUGAGGUUCCCUACAAAUACUAUGGGCCCAAUGGACAAUGACUAUUGUGUUGAAUAGGUAGGUUGAUUCAGAUUGGAGGUUUGGGAAAAUUGUCCGAAGCAAUGUUGGUAUAAAAAUGUUUUGUUGAGGCUAGAGAAAUAGUACGGAAGAUAAAACACUUGCCUUGCAUAUUCAAUCUCCAGCAUAUCGUAUGGUCCCACAAGCCUCACCAGGAGUAAUUCCCAAGUACAGAGCCAGGAGCAAGCCCCGAGAAUCACUGAGUAUCACUCAAAACCAAACGAAACUUGUUUUUCAGAUUUAUAUUUGUCAAAAGGAUGUAAGUUUUGCAUUCAGCUAUGUAACAAAUCCUUGUCAUAUUUAACAAAUUAGACAUCUCUAUGAUGUCUAAUUUUGCAUCUUUAUUAAAUUGUAAUCAACCUGCCUUAAACCAUAGAAUGUCUUUCCAUUUAUUAAAAUCUACCUUUGCUAUUUUAGGAAUGUAUAUAUAUACAUAUGUAUAUAUAUAUAUAUAUAUAUAUAUAUAUCCCAAGCAAUGCCCAGAAAGUCCACAGAGCUCUCCCAGCAAUUCUUGACCAAGCCUGAGGAGCAAUGUGAGUGCCUGAGGAUGCGCUGCUGCUCCAGUCCUAUGGUGCUGC